AUGGUCUCCAUGUGCUCCGGUAAGAACAAGGCGUCCUUACAGCUCCAGCCUCCGGGCUGCCAGGCUGAAACUCAGGGCCACAGCCUCACGCCUCUGAGUCCUUCACCCACACAUCUCGCCUGCUGGCAGACCCUGCAGGCUCUUGCUUCGAAAUCGUCCCCUAGAAGCAGCCUGCCAGUGCCUGGGCCGCCCCAUAUCCACGGUCACCUCUACCUCUGGUUUCUGGUCCCUGGGCUGGCCUGCUCACCGCCUCCUGGUCUCCCCGUGCCACACAGACUGUUCUCCCUGAAGCCACCAGAGGGCGUCGGUGAGCACCACAUCAGAUCCCUGCAGGGAUGUGAGCGGCUCAGUGAAGUGCCCCCACUCUUUACGUCGGACCACGUGCCACCCUGCCUCGGUUUCCCCAUGGCACCACCUGCCUCCCAAAACCCUCACGUCUCUUGGAAACCACCCUCCACGGGAGGCCAGGAAGGAAACUGUGACACCGAAAGAAAAAGACUUCAAAGAUCUCUCCAAGUUCUGAUACCAGGGUCCGGGCCAGGAUCCUGCCUCCUGCCAUCUGCUGUCGGCCGCUUCAACCAGGACUGCACCAGGGUGGCCAGCCCUGCGUGCUCACGUACCCGGAAGUCUGGUGAGGCACCUCCUCCCGACUGCAGCCCGGGGCCCAUCUACCUUCUGGACCCAAAAGUCACCCGCUUUGGCCGCAGCUGCACCCCUGCUUACUCCAUGCAGGGCCGGGGCAAGACUCGGGGUCUGGAGGUGACGCCAGGCCCUGGGGCUUACAGUCCGGAGAAGGCACCCCCUGUGCACCAGCGGACACCCCCAGCUUUCAGCCUGGGCUCUCGCCUGCGCCCCAGGCCCCGGGACACCUCCGCCCCUGCCCCCAAUGCGUACACCAUGCCGCCCCUCUGGGGUUCACAGGUCUUCAUCAAGCCCAGCUACCCCAGCUACUCGGUGGUGGGCCGCACAGCUCCUGCCCGCCCCCCGCAAGACCCCGCCGAGAUACCUGGCCCCGGCCAGUACAACAGCCCGGACCCCAACACUUACCGCCAGCGCUGGCCCGCCUUCACCAUGCUGGGCCGGCCCCGCGCCCCGCGCCCCCUGGACGAGACCCCAGGCCCGGGCACCCACAGCCCUGAGCAGGUCACUGUGAACAAGGCCAGGGCCCCAGCAUACACCAUGGGGAUCCGCCACUCGACGCGGGCUGCCACGGUCCGACCGGCCUCGCCCAGAGCCCCUAGCCACAGGCAGCUGCCCCCUCCCAGACGGCCCCCUGCACUGGGAGGACCCUCGCUCCGGCUGGAGGGAGAAGCCAGGAGGGCAUCUGGGGUGGCCGCUCCUUCCUUCCCUGGCUCGGAGCUGUCCGAGGUGCUGCUCAGUCAUCUGAUCCCGGGGGCGGUGACCUCGGCCCUGUGCGGGAGCCGGAGCUUCCGGUGUCCUAGAACUCGGUGUCCGGCCCCGACAGGGCUUGGGUCCCCACCAGAGCACGGGUUCCUGCUCCUCACGGAGCUCAGUGGGGACAGCGAGUCAGGACGCCAGCAGCCUUGA